AGCCGGGCGGGCGAGCGGCCGGACAAGGAGCGCACUGGUGCGGGCGUGAGAGGGCAGGGCUCCUCUGACCCCCGUCCGGGGGGAGUCCCUGGGCCGCGUUGGGGGCUGGGAAGACGGUUGACACGCAGCUGCAGCCAUGCCUUUGACGACUCCCUGGGCAACACUAUCCUAAAUGUACAAACCUCUGUUCGCAGAGAACCCCUGUUUCCCACAAAGUGAUAGAAAAGCGGAGGAGGGACCGGAUAAACCGCUGCUUGAACGAGCUGGGCAAGACGGUACCCAUGGCCCUGGCGAAGCAGGUAACGUCAGAGGCCGAGCUAACAGAGCCAGGCGCUGGGGAUCCUCCGCUGCCACGCUCGGCAGGGAUGCAGGGAGUCUGGAGACGGAGAGGCCUUUGCAGCGGCCUCUUCUCCCCGGGGGUCGAGCGCUGGGCGAGCCCCAGGCGGCCCUCGCGCGGAUCCGCCCCAGCGCCUGCUCGCUGCCCGGGAUAAAGCCGUGCACCCAGCCUGCCCGCGUUGGCUUGCGCCCGCUGGGUCGCUGCGAGGAGCUCUUCCUCCUUUUGCAGAGUUCCGGUAAGCUGGAGAAGGCGGAGAUCCUCGAGAUGACCGUUCAGUACCUGAGGGCCCUGCACUCCGCUGAUUUUCCCCGGGGAAGGGAAAAAGAACUGCUAGCAGAGUUCGCCAACUACUUCCACUACGGCUACCACGAGUGCAUGAAGAACCUGGUGCAUUAUCUCACCACCGUGGAAAGGAUGGAGACCAAGGACACCAAGUACGCGCGCAUCCUCGCCUUCCUGCAGUCCAAGGCCCGCCUGGGCGCCGAGCCCGCCUUCCAGCCGCUGGGUUCGCUCCCGGAGCCGGAUUUCUCCUAUCAGCUGCACCCAGCGGGGGCCGAGCUCACGGGCCACAGCCCCGGGGAGGCCUCCGUUUUCCCGCAGGGCGCCGCCCCCGGGCCCUUUCCCUGGCCGCACGGCGCGGCCCGCAGCCCGGCGCUGCCCUACCUGCCCGGCGCGCCGGUGGCGCUCCCGAGCCCCGCGCAGCAGCACAGCCCCUUCCUGACGCCCGUGCAGGGGCUGGACCGGCACUACCUCAACCUGAUCGGCCACGCCCACCCCAACGCCCUCAACCUGCACCCGCCCCAGCACCCCCCGGUGCUCUGACGCCGCCUCGCCCGCCAGGGUUCUCCGCGCGCGCCCGGCGCGACGUAGCAAAAACACCGUACGUUGUACAGAUGUAAAUAGUGUGCCAACAAAAAAGCUGGGUGGGGGAAGGUCAAGAGCAAAUUAGUCUCCAGAAGGAUCUCCCCCUGGCAAUAAACGUUUUCUGAUAAA